AUGAGGAAGCAAAUAUAUUUUUGUAUAAGUGCGUCAAUUAUAUGGUGUGUGAUCGCGGAAAAUCCAAACAAUUCGAUUUUUCCUUCAUUACCGGUAGCAGUGUUAGACACAGACAAUUUAAAAUGUAAGGAACACAGUGAAAUUUACAAGCAAAACUUAGAAAAUUUCACGCUGUGGGCACAUGAAAUGUGGGAUGCUACGGCUAAAUCAACUGCAGGGGUGCUUCGAGGGGUUCAGUUUCAGUUAGGCCAUUUCGAAGAAUGUUUAGGAGCGGCUGCCCCAUUUCUUACCAAGUAUUGUCUAACUAAUUUGGAAGCCAACAUUCCCAAACCAAAAAAAAGCCGAGAUCCACUUUCGUUGUAUCAUCAUCCCAAUGAGCACGUUCUGAACAGACUUUAUCCGUAUAAAGACAUGUCUCAACAAGUUAGAAAUAUUUUGCAAGUUGGAUGGUGCAUUCCAGCAUCAUGUACACCACAAGACAUAGAAAAAUUUCUUAAUAAGUAUAUAAACAACUUAAAUUUAUCUUUGGUUCAAGAAAAUGUAACAUAUACAGCAAAAGUUGGAAACAUAACUUGUACCACUAAAGAAGAUAACAAUAGUUUUACAAUUGCUGACAUAUGCUUCUGCUUAUUCACUCUAAUUCUUUUAACACUAGUACUCUCUUCCACUAUUUUUGAUUUUAAUAUUUUGGAGCCUAAAGACGAGAAGCCAACUAAAAAACCCCUGUUACAGAAGCUUUUUCUUUCAUUUUCUGCAAGAAAAAAUUUCAAUGAAUUAACAAAAUUUGACGAAUCAAAUGAAGCUUUAUCUAUACUGUAUGGUGUUAGAACAAUCUGCAUAUUUUUUAUAAUUUUGGAUCAUCGGUUCGGUACAUUUACGGGGUCUGCCAUACUAAACUUUGACUAUGUGGAAAAACAAUACCGAGAACCAUUUGCUCCGUUUUUGUUUCACGGAGAUUUGUUCGUAGAUACUUUUUUUAUUAUGGGUGGAAUAUUAGUUACUUACGGCUUGCUUAAUCAGCAAGAUAAGAGAAAACUAAAUCCUGGAUUUCUUAUAUUAAUGAGAUAUGUAAGAUUAACUCCCGCAUAUGCCUUCGUUAUCUUUUAUUACGCUACAGUUUAUAACUACACUGGAUCCGGACCAUUCUGGAAAGUAAUAGCAGGUCAGGAGUCGCAAGAUUGUAAGGAUAAUUGGUGGACCAAUCUCUUGUAUUUGAAUAAUUACAUAAAUGCAGACCACAUAUGUUUGGCGCAUUCAUGGUACCUUCCUUGUGAUUUUCAUUUUUUCGUAAUAGCAAUAGGAGUGUGUAUGUUGUUAAACAAAGACAAGAAACUAGGUUUUGCCGCACUGUUACUUCUUACAGUAAUUUCUGCGGCAAUACCCUUUGCCAUAACCAUUAUAUACCAACGACCAGCCCUACUUCAUUUUUAUCCAGAAUUUCUGACAGGGCCUAAAGUUCACCCAGACUUCCAGCUCACUUAUAUAAAAUCUCAUACAAGAGCAACGUCUUAUUGCAUAGGAAUAUUUAUGGGUUACGUCUACUACAAACUGCAAGGGCAAGACGUUCAUGUAAGCAAGAUAAAAAGCUAUUUUUAUUUCAUCGUUUCUGUAUUCUUCAUUCUAAUAUCUAUAGUUGGUGGUGCAGCUUUUUAUGACCCUUACCAUAAAUACAACGCACUGGAGUCCGCUACAUAUGCAGCUCUCCAUAGACCAGCUUUUGACCUUGGUACUGUAGGAAUUAUGUACGUAUCCAGUUUUGGACAUGCAACUUUUAUCCGGAAAAUCCUGACUUGGUCACCAUGGAUUCCUCUCAGUAAACUGGUAUUUGGUGCCUACCUUUUCCAUAUGCAAUUUCAACUUAGAUACGCAUCUAUAUUUAUGAAUCCUCGUCAGUUUUCUUAUUUUGAUGUGAUAAACCUGGCACUGGCAGAUACCGUGCUAUCUUUUCUAGCUGCACUUGCAUUGUAUUUGUUGUUGGAAGCUCCUUCUCGAAAAAUUUUCAGAGAAUUAUUAAUGCCAACAAGAAUAAGUCCUCCACAGGGGAAUACGAAUUCGAGUACGACGGCAGAAAAUGUGAGAAACGGAAACUGUGACAGCAGAUUGUAAAAAGUUCAUUUUUGUAUUGGAAAUAUAAACGGUUAGAUAAUAGAUUUUGUUGAUCUAUACACUGUACAUAUUAAUGCAUAAAAUAAAGAAACGUAAUUAUUAAAAUAACAGAAAGACGUUUCUCGGGUUUGGACUGUCAAAGCUUCAGGAAACCAAGAAGCAAGAAGAAUGAAAAGUUCAAAAGAGAAGAGACACACACUCAAAGUUUUGUUAGAAGAAGAGAACGAAGAUGAUAAAACUACGAUUUCGGAGUUUAUGGUAGUGAC